AUGUUCCUUACGGUCAAGCUGCUCUUGGGUCGAAGAUGCAGCCUAAAGGUAUCUGGAAAAGAAAGCGUGGCCACACUGAAGAAGCUGGUUUCUCAGCACCUGCAGGUGCCAGAGGAGCAGCAGCAUCUGCUGUUCCGAGGCCAGCUCCUGGCUGAUGACAAAAACCUCUCCGAUUACAGCAUUGGGCCCAACGCCUCCAUCAAUGUCAUCAUGCGGCCUCGAGAGGAGGCAGCGCUGGACAACACCCAUGAAACCCAGCCCCUGUGGCUCCAGCUGGGCCAGGUCCUGGGCAAACAUUUUGGACCCAAGGACGCCAAGGCAGUGCUGGGGUUGUUGAGGCAGGAGCACGAGGAGCGCCUGCAGGGGCUGAGCCUGGAGGCCCUGGAGCAGCUGGUGAGCCAGCUCCUGCCACAGCAGCCGCUAGAAGAGCUGGCAGAGGAAAAGGAAGGCCCUGCUGUUGCCUUAGAGCUCCAGAAAAAUGAUGAAGGAAGAGGAGGAGGAGAAGGGGAAGAAGAGAAGGAGGAGGCUGAUUAG